CUCCAUAGACUGUUAAGAAGAGGGACUGGAAGAUUUGGCUAUGCUCAGCAUUUCCUACUUGAUUAACUUACAGUGAAAAUACCCCUGAAAUAAAUUAACCCUAAUGGCAAAAUUUAAUAAAUAGGGAAAAAUAUUUAUGAAAUAAAACACCAUCAUGAAGAAUAAAGGAAGCAGUACAACAAAAUAUUGGAGAAAAUGAUCUAACAUAGUUAAGGCCCACCGAAGUAAAAGCUGGACCCACACACAAUUUCUUGGCAAGACAGAAAUCCCAGUCUAUUUUGUAAAGUCAUCAAAAACAAUGAAACUCUCCACCUUAUCCUCAGCCACAUCUUAUAAAGAAGUAUAUAACACAGGGCUCCCUGCUAAUGAUCUCAAAGAGCAACAGCAGUUCCACUUGGAAGAAAUACAAGCCCUCCUUCCCUCUGUCAGCACUGAUGGCAAAGAACUGACCCCUUCGUAGCGUGAACAAUCUAGGGCACGUGGCAGAAGAGAUCUUGUGGAGGUACUGUAGGGGCCCAGAAGGACUGUAAAAAGGGAGUGUAAGAAGCCUGCAGUUCUGUACUCUGACCACUGCGCCACCCUGGCUCUCUUGAACUGUCAGCGGGCAGCGUUUCGGACCGAGGAAUUCUGGGAGUUGAAGUCCACCAUCUUAAAAAGUUGGAACAAAGUUGCGGCGCUUUGCCUCUUAAUAGUUUUUUGCACUGUCGGUUUGCCUUGCGGAUGGAGUCACCCGCCUUUUGUAACUGGCCACAGGGAUUUGAUUGGAUCGGGCAGCAGCAAAACAAACAAACACAGCGAGGCUGUUUCGCCAGGAUUCCGGAGUCGGUGGUCUUCCGGCAGGCUGUCAUUUAGGCCAGGGGUCUCCAACCUUGACAACUUUAAGCCUGGAGGACUUCAACUUCCAGAAUAGCUGCGGAAUUCUCGGAGUUGAAGUCCUCCAGGCUUAAAGUUGUAAGAGAUCCCUGGUUUAGGCUCCAAAGCUGCAAGACGCGGGGGAGGAAAGAAACCCUCGGGCGGUGCACGCUCGCAGUCCUUGGAAGGCGGAGGGUUUUUUCAGCUGCGCUGUUUGGCAAAUCGCAGCAAGGGAGUAGCCAAUUGAGAGUAGAAACUCAGUCCCCGGCCGAUUCGUUUUCUCUUAGUAAUCACUCAGAUCUGCAACGCAGGGGGAGUGAAUAGAAGCAGCUGCGUUGUUGGCCGAAGAAGGAAGGGAGAAGCAGACAACUUGGAAAAUGCCAGAAGAAAUUAAAGUAUUGGUAGAAGGAGUUUCUCGAUACUGUGAUUGUUUGACUCCUGAGAUGACAACUGCAUCUUCUCCUGGAUGCUGUGGCAGAAAGAGGGCCAGAAAUGCUGAUCACAACAAAGCUCUCAUACCUAAGUGCAUUUCAGACAAACUAUUCACUGUAGGAGCUGUUGUUGUAAUCACAGCUUUGAUCAUUAUUAUCAUUUCAUUGGCUGUUAGAGAGACAGAAACAUGUUCGCCUUGUCAUCCCCUUGUAAGUGCUGCCUGCCCAGAUUCCUGGAUUAGAUUCAAUGGAAAAUGCCUCUACAUAUCAAAAGAUGAAAAGAAUUGGUCUCUCAGUUUAAGCACCUGUUCCUCAUUUGAUGCAUCCUUGGCUGUGAUUGAUACUCAGAAGGAAUUGGAUUUUUGGCUGAAUAUUUUCCGUUCCUAUCAUUACUGGUUUGGUCUCUCAAGGAAAGUUAACAGGAUGUGGAAAUGGUCCAAUGGCACAGAGUUUAAAAAUCAGUUCCCAGUGCGAGGAGAAGGCUUCUGUGCAUAUCUAAAUGGAAAAGAGGCCAGUAGUACCAUAUGCUCCAUGGAGAAACGUUUUCUCUGCAGCCGGCCAGAAAGUUACAGCAAGGCUGGAAUGAAGGGAAGCCCCUGGCUGGGAGAAAUAUGGGGGGGAGGGCAGAGCAAUAUGACCAUUGAGUGACAGCAUCUCAGGGAGCUCUUAACUUUUAUUUGAGCUUUUCUUUUAUUUAAAGCUAAAAGAGUUCAUUUAAGAAUUGUGUUGAAAAACCGCUAAUAACCUCAGUCCUGAAUUAGCUUUUAGUAAUUUUUGCUUUAGAAUUAAGGCUAGCUACUUAGGAGCCAAGGCAAUAGGCUGACUCCGUGAAUGGCUUAGAGAGGGCUGUUAAAUCACUGUGAAGUAGUAUAUAAGUGUAAAUGCUAUUAUUAGCCAGUAUUUUAGAGCGUGAAGUUCAACUGCACUGGAUGCCUGCCAAUUAUAGGAGGCAACAAAGCUCUGAGACAGAAACAAAGAAGGACCCAAAGAGAAAAACCAGCCUGAAAUGCCACAAAGAGAAAAUUCCAAGCAUUCUGAACAUUUUAAAGUAGGGGUGUUAAACUCAAGGCCCAAAGGGCGGAUCUGGCCUGCAGGGUGCUUAGAUCUGGCUUGCGGGGCCUCCC